AGUUUUUUUUAUAGUAAGCUGCCGCCAUCUUGAAGGCGUAAUUGUUGUCAUGUUUACGUUGUGUGUGAAAGGUGAUUUUUGUAAUUCUUGAAAUAAUAACUAGACCGAGGUUAAUGUAAGAACUUGGAUCAGGUGAAUUACAAAAAUGUUUUACGCACAUUUUGUGCUGGCCAAAAAAGGCCCUCUGGCCAAGAUUUGGCUGGCGGCACACUGGGACAAAAAGUUAACUAAGGCUCAUGUUUUUGAAACGAACAUUGAGAAGUCUGUCGAUGGAAUCCUUAAACCAAAGGUCAAAAUGGCCUUGCGGACGUCAGGCCAUCUGUUGCUUGGAGUCGUCAGAAUUUAUUCCAGAAAAGCAAAAUAUUUACUUCAAGAUUGUAAUGAAGCCUUUGUUAAGAUCAAGAUGGCCUUCAGGCCUGGUAUGGUGGACUUGCCAGAGGAGCACCGAGAGGCGGCCAUGAAUGCAAUCACAUUACCUGAGGUUUUUCAUGACUUUGACACUGCAAUGCCUGAACUUAAUGAAGUGGACAUUGAGGCACAGUUCUCACUGAACCAGUCGAGAGCUGAAGAGAUCACGAUGAGGGAAGAUUAUGGUUCUCUGAAUCUUGUAACACAUGAUGAUGGUUUUGGAGAUAUGGGAUUUGAUACUGAUAAUCCUGAUAUAAUGAGAGAAGCUAUUGGCAAUGGAGGUGGUUUGGAACAGAGUAACUUGUUGUUCGCGGAUGGGUCGUCGCUGGAGCUGGGCGGCAAGGAGGCGGGGCCGAGCAUAAUAAAUAUUGCUUGUUAUGUGAAGGCGGAGAUAGAGGCAGCGGGCGAGCGCGGCGCGGGCGAGGGCGAGGCGGGCGCGGCAGACGCACACGACUCGGACGAUGAUAUGGCAGACCACUACGAUGCGGGAAAUUCGCCUCAACACAGUUGGGGUGGGUCGCCUCCGCAUGAGGCCGGCACUCCUCGGCACAUGGACACAGAUGAAGCGGACCUCAUGCCUCCACCAGCGGCUCCCAGACCACCCUCAGUCAGGCCCAUGGAUGUGGAUGGACCGGAGGCAGGUGUGGAGGAGCCUGUGAAGGCGGCGACUCCUGCGCCAGCGCUGGACACCACCACGCUGCUCAACAAUGACGAGGAAUCCUUCGCAUUGGCUCCAGUUGAUACUACGGUACUUAAAGGAAUAACGAAAACUAAACGGAAAAGGAAGCUUAUUGUCGAUGAAGUAAAGAAUAUAUCUGGCGAGGAGAUGAAGAACCAGCUCAGCAACACAUCAGACAUCCUGACGACGCUGGACCUGGCGCCGCCCACACGCCGCCUUAUGCACUGGAAAGAGUCGGGCGGAGUAGAGAAACUCUUCAUAUCGCCCUCCAAGCCGAUACCCUCCAAGAUAUUAUUCAAGAGAUACGAGCGUAAUAUGACGAAGCGCAGUGAGCAAGAGGAGGCGGAGGCGGCCGCGCGCUCGCCAGACCCGGAACCAGUACGACGUGCUGGUCGUAAACGAAGACAUGAAGAGUCUAUACAACCCCCGGACACGCCGGGGCCGAGUGCAGAUUUGGAGCCUCCGACACCGGUGCCUCAAGAAUACGAGCCUUCAGUCGCAGUGGAGCGCGCGCCCGAGCCGCAUUCGCCACAAUCGCCACAUUCGCCACAAUCGCGAAACGACGACGAGGCGCCGCAAACACCGGGCGGCAUGCUAAGCACAUUAGGCCCGCCGUUGACCCCGGGGCCGUUAACACCUGGUACAUUACUUCAAGGCGGGUUAACUCCUGGCGGAUUACAACAUGGAUCUAUGACACCCGGUGGAGUUCAGCACGGCUAUAUGACACCUGCUGGUCUGCAGCAUGGUGACACACAGCCCAUGGACCUAGGGCUUGGAGCAGGUGGCAUGACACCUGCUGGAUUACACCAUGGUGGUAUGACUCCGGGUGGCAUGACACCAGGGUUAGGUCUAGACAGCGGGAUGACACCGGGCGGACUGGUCCACGGUGGGCUGACACCGGCUGGUCUCCACCACGGUGGUAUGACACCGGGUGGUUUAGACCAUGGUGGCAUGACACCGGCGGGCUUGCAACACGGUGGCAUGACGCCGGCGGGUCUACAACACGGUGGCAUGACACCAGCGGGUCUCCAACACGGAGGUCUAACGCCGGCUGGUUUGCAGCACGGUGGCAUGACACCUGCUGGUUUACAACAUGGUGGCAUGACGCCUAUCGGCUUGCAGCAUGGCGGGAUGACGCCAUCAGGUAACUGGCACUCAGGGUUGCAGCACGGCGCGCUGCUGCAGCACAGCCUGGAGCAGCUGCCGAUGAUGCCGCAGGUGGGCGGCGAGCAGGCGGCGCUGCUGCGGCCCGCGCCCCCGGCCCCGCCCCCGCACCACCACGAGCCGCACCACUCGCUGCCCAUGGAGCCCCUGCCGCUGCACGGCCUGGAUGACCACACUGACUAUCAGACGGGCAUGCAGAUGACCAAUUUAGGAUACGACGACCAACAGGGACAUCACAGCCCGCCACAUGAUUACGAUUUACCGCUCAGUGUUGAAAAUGGCGAGGAGGGGUGCGGCGAGGGCCGCGAGGCGGGCGAGACGGAGGAGCAGUUCUCGGAGCGCGUGCUGAACCGGCGCGCGGCGCAGCUGUUCGCGGCGAUGCGGCCGCGCCUCGCCGCGCACCACGCGCUCGCCUUCGCCUUCGCGGACCUCGCGCCGCCGCACAAUAACAGGAAACAGGUAGCUCAAAAAUUCUACAGUUUAUUAGUACUCAAGAAGCAUCAAGUGCUAAAGUUAGAUCAACGAGAGACCUAUGGACCUAUUCUCAUAUCUAAAGGCGAGCAAUUUGACACUGAAGCGAUUUAGCUAUUAUAGUUUAUUUAUGAAAGUCGGAAACAAAAUAUCAAGUAGUUGUAAAAGAGGGUAAUUAUUAUAAGGCGAUGUGACGCUGUGUUCUACUGGACGGUUGAGCCAAAUAUAUUGUGUAAGUAGAGCCGGUGAGUCAAUUACAUGCAAACUUACACUGUCGAAAACUUCUUUGAAAUACAGACAAUAUGCUUUAAAACUUACGACAGUGGAAUUAUACUUUUACACUUUCCCGUUUCGUUUAAAAUCUGUACAAUCUUUUGUUUUAGAGAAAGAGAAUGUUAUUUAGUUUAUACAUUUAAAUAAGCUAUUAAUUUUCUUUUAAUAACUUAAUAUAAUAAUAAAUAUUAAUUCGGGAAUGUAUCUUAUGGUGUAUCUGUUAAAUGUAAAACAGGGUAUUUUUUUAUUAAGAAAUUAAAAUAAACAACAGUAAUGGGGGAAAAAUCAACUUUUUAUUAAUUUAGGGGUUUACUGCAUUUUUUAACUGAAAAUUGAGUGUUUUUGGUCAAUUAGAAUGUAUAUGUUUGCAUGUGGCGCGCUCACCGGCGUGUAUACAGUUCUCACGGGGGAAGGAUAGACUUGUAGCGAAUUGCCUUAUCUUGUUUUGCUUUAACUUGUAAGUGAAAUUAUUGUAAACUAUUUACGAUUAUUCUAUGUUUUAUAGAUCUACGUGAUAUAUUUCACACAUUUUUAUACUAACGGAUUUGAUAGAGGUAUUGACAGUUUUAACGUUUCGAUGUUUGUGAAUGUGACCUUUAAAGUUUUGAUAUUUAAAUAAGUGUGACAAAAUUUGUAUGACUUGUAUGUAAAAGUGGGAAUGAUAUUAUAGUAUUCAUAUAUCUUGGCGACUGUUAAUUGUAGUGGGGCAUAGGUGGGGAGCUGCGCAGCGCGCAGAUGACCUUGGACCGCUGAGAUAUUUGAAAAUCGUAAUAUAUUCGUAAAAUGUCUGCCCAUUUUCACCAACAAGCCCUUAAAGUAUUAUUAGAUAGGUGUGUUUCUAAAGCGAAAUACAAAAUUAGGUGACACCUACAAUUUUUGAUGUGAAAAUUAAAUUCUUACUAAGGGCUUCCUAAAUGGUACUGUAGGUAGCCCUAAAUAGUAGGGGUUGUUGGUGAAAAUGUUCAUCAAUAUUGUUUUUGUUCAUUGUGUGUUUUCAAGCAAUCCGUUAGUAUAAUAAGUGUUUGAUACUGUAUUGUUAAGUGUCACUUUUUGAAUCCAAAUUCGUUUAGUAUCGAGUAUCACUCGGACGAAAAUUAUGUUGUAAUUAUUGACUGAUACGUAUUUAUGAGAAAUGCAUCUAUUUUUGUUCUCAAGGAAGUGUAGAUAGUUAAAUAUCAGUUUUUUUUAAUAUUAAAAAAGUGGAAAACCGCCAACUGGAUUCAUCGAAAUAGCAAAGCAACCGGUUUCAAUAGACAUUUGCAAUUGCAGAUGCGUUGACGGAGGAGUUGACGCACGAAAAAUGUUGUGUCCUUUCUAUACUUUCUCUCCUCUGUCAAAUCUACUUUCUCUUCCAAUUAACUCCUUAUAGAAAAGGGGUCGGAAGGGAAAAUAACUAAAAACAUCUAAAAUCAAACAGACUAAAAACAUCAGCGGCUGAUUGUGAGCUUGCUUAUUAAGAUAUCCAAUGUGAAAUCUCAGUCUCCGCCUGACGUAAUUAGCGCAAGUUUGCCGAUGAAUCCUUCCACAAAGAUCAAUUUUACUCCGCGCUCGUCCGCACCGUUCCAGCCGUAAACUCGUGACGUCACAAGAUAUCUGCAAAGGCAAAGUACGAGUAAUACUUACAGUCGGCAGCUGAUGUCCGGUUUGUGGACGUUUCUAGAAGGAAAUCAUUAAAAAGCUUUUCAUCCCAACAUAUUUGUUGUUUUUAUAUUGUUAUAGUGUAUAAAUAUUGCAGGAAAUAAAAACUAACGGCUGUUGAAAACUUCAUAAUACUUGUAUAUUAUACUUUUUUCAUUAUAGUGUUUUACGAAUGACGUUUUCUAUAGAUCGGUUUUGAUAAUGCAUGGAUGAAUCGUUGAAUUAAAUUAAAAUUAAAUUGUAAAAAAUUAAAAUAAAAAAUUUUGCACCUUUACAAUGUACAAAAAAUAUUUUAAAAUGAGUGUGUGUAAUGGUAAAAUGUUAUUUACAUCAUGCUAUAAUGAAAAGAGAUAAAUUAUAUGAAAAACUAUUUUUGAGAAUGGUUUAUUAGUAUCAUAGCAUAUUUUCGUUGAUUUAAUAUCAAUUCAUAGUCUACUUCUUUUUUACUUAAAGUACAGUUGCAAAUAUGUCUAUAGCAAAAUUUAUGUAUCAUAUAAAUAUAGAAAUAAGAUGAGAAAAUAUGUUGUUUCGAAGGAAAAAUUAAGUAAAAAAAAAUCGAGAGAUUUUGAAACGAAAUACUAAUUCCUGUACAAAUCUUAGCAAUGGAUUUUUUACAUUUCUUUGAGAAUUUUUUGUAAUCAUUUUUGUUUUAAAUUGUGCUUUUUUCCGCCAAAAGGUGUACUUCGGUUUUAGGCUGUUUACUUUUGGUGUUUUUUUGAAUCCAAAUCCAAAUUAUGAUAUAAUUAUGAAAAUAAGCAACGCAUUCAGAAUGCCAGGACCUGUUUCAUAAGUGUAGGGUUAAAUUGUAAAUCGUGAUUUAAAUGUUUACCUCUGUCUUUACUUUGAUUUAAGAUCAUAGUAUCUUGUUUUUACAGGGGUAUCCACUUAGACGCAUAUCAGACAUAUUUGAAAUAAAUUUGUUAAUAAUAAAA